AUGUCGUCCUGUAUGGUGGGCUUUGAGUCAUUCAUAGUGGUUGAUGAUGGAACUACUGCUGUGGUGGAAGAUCUUCGUGUAGCUGCUGAGAUGAGAAGACGUGGAGUGGGUGGAGUGAUUAGGAGGUUUUGCUGGGGUGUUAUGCGUUCUGACUACCCGGAGGUUAAAAGAGUUCGAUCCUCUGUAGCUGGGAAUUCAUCAGCUAAUAUGGUGGAAACAUGCAAAAGGAUCACCUGUAAGGCAGUGAUACCUGUACUUGUUACUGCUGACCAGUUGGAAGCAAAACUCAGGUUACUGGAGUCUCGAGUGAAUAAUGAAGACAGAUCCAAAAAGCUAUCUGUUCUGGGACCAGAGGAAAUUCUUAGAUUCCUUGAGGAGUCAAAGACGAGAGAGCAAUUGCUUCCUGGUGGAUUUCUGGUUCAAAGUUGGUCUUCUAUUGCCGCUCAGAAGUCCAACCUAGAUCUUCUACUGAAACGAGAGAUUGUCUGGAUUUAUUCACAUCCUGAGGAUUCUAGUGACUCUGCAUCUUCCUCCAAGGUCACACCUGGCAGUAAUGGCCCCCAAGCCUCUCCAGAAGGGUUUCUUAGCCUUGGUUCUCAACCAUAUCCAGUGCCUUUUGCAGACAGAUUAUGCUAUAUAGAUAUUGACCUGUUUGGAAAUGAUCCAUCUUGUGCUAAGGUCCAUGUUCUAGAGCAGUUGAAAAUCAGAGCGUUAGGGGUUCUUUAUGAUGAACCAGACCGAGUCUCUGUGGCAGAAUCCAAUCAUAAGGCCCUCACUCAGGGGAAUCGUCCCGUGGAGGAUUAUUGUAUGCAGUUCCGCAAGUGGUCUUAUGACUGUGUUAUCGACUUAAUGGAUGAAGAGAAGAGAUGGACCUUUUUGGAGACGGCGCUGCUGCAGAAAAAGUCGGGACUCGGUUGA